CUGUGAGUGAGGAAGCGCUGAGGUGAAAUUGCUGAGGGGUCGGAGUUGUGUCUUGUUCUGUGGUGCCGACUCCUACUGUCAGUCUGUCCGUCUCUCUCAUGGCACCGGGGGGCAUUGCUGGGCAGCUAGUGACGCUCACUGUUUGGCUCGGGGUUGUUAUCUGUACCGGCCAGGGAUUGGGAAUACUCACUUCUGAUUAUAAUUGUUCCCUACCGGGGGUCAAGUGCUCAGUUCUGAACAGCAAUUGCGUUGACAGUAGUUGGAUCUUCCCCCGUAAAUGGACUCCAUCUGCUCCCUCCGACUUCGAAGUCAAACUUGUGGUAGAAGCAGAUGGGUUGGGGGACCCGGUUCCAGUGCUCAGAAUCAACUGGACAGUGGCCCCUGAUGCCAGUAUCCUGGGCCUGUUGGGGGCAGAAGUGUUGGUGAUGCAACUCAGCACUAUGAAGCAUCUGUGUGUCCAACUGCAGUUCCAAAACCAGUUCCCCGGCCAGCUGAUGUCUGACAAUACGCCAUGGCAGUUUGUCUACAGUAACUUUAAGGUUGAUCCCGACGAUACUUAUUAUGUGACUGUCCAGCACCUGCCCAGGCUGGUUAACUCCAACCUUAGAAACAGUAAAGAGAUGUCUAUUAUUGUACCAGGAUGCAAAGACAAACUGAUGAGUAGAACGAAGACUUGUUGCCAGCAUGGAGUCUGCUGGGAUCCCAACAUUAGUGCGGAGAGCGACGGCAACGAUCUCAUUGUGAGUUUUGACACCAGGAGUGACUGUUGCGACUACAGGAUUCUAGUUAAGAACACUGUCAUAGAUCCACUUAAAAGUCAACAAUUUAGAGAAGUACAUCUGGUUAAUUGCUCCGAGCGUAUGAAUUACACCUUCACUGGCCUGGCAGCCAGCCCCCUCUGCUGGUAUUUUAUCCAGGUAUGGACUGUUCUGCCAACGUGUGACACUGACUGUUUCCGUUAUAAUCACACUCCGCAGUGUAGCACAACUUCACCUCCACCGGUGUCCAACAAGCGGUUGCUUUUGUUCUUCAUACCCGCGGCUUUUAUCAUCCUGUUUGCGCCUUUAUUCAUAAUUUGCCUAAAUUACAAAAGGGAUACAAAACCACAACCCUUUACGCCAGUUUUGAACCCAAAUCCUCCGGAAGCCAGAGUAAAGAAGGUUUGGUUGGUGUAUUCUGCAGACAGUCUCCACUACUUGGACGUGGUGAUCAAGUUUGCGGAUUUCCUGAGGGACGCUUGGGGAAUGGAGGUCAUACUGGACCGCUGUCAAGUUAAUAAAAUGGGACUUGCUGGAGCUGCAACCUGGAUGUCCCAUCAGAAGUCGGAAAUUGAGAAAUCGAACGGGACGAUCUUGCUUCUGUGUUCUCGGGGGACGCAAGAGAAAUGGCUGGCCAGGCAGAGUUAUGAAGGAAACAGAGUGACGCUGAGAGAAGACAGACGGUUCUUCUCUGGUGACAAGGGGGACCUCUUCUCCUGCGCCCUCAACUUCAUCAUGCCGGAUUUUGAAAAGAGGAUACACAACCGUUACGUGGUGGUGUAUUUCGGCGAUCUUAGCAGCAUCGACCAUAUCCCCUCGUUAUUUAAAGUGUGCCCCCGGUACUGCCUCCCGCAAAACCUUCAGGAGGUAUUCUUUAGGAUUCAGAGGGAAGAGCAGUGUCUUCCUGGAGUGCGUAUCAUCGUUCCACAAGAGGGAACCCAAAGUUAUGGCUUUUUGAUGAAAGCCGUGAACAAGUGCAGGGUCUGGCAGGACAAGCAUUCAGAUUGGUUCCAGAAACAAUGUUUGCCCAACGAUGUAUUGGAAUCUGACAGUGAAGAUGAAGAGAUUAGCGAGGGUCUCACACAGCAGCUUAAUCCAGUUGUACACAUUCCCAAUCAAUCAAUCUCUAUGGUGAACCCGGUCAUUACUAAGUACUUCUCUACCAUGGUAACAGACCCUAUUAUUGCACAAGGGCCUUCAAGCCUCCAGGUCCAGCCUCAUGUACAUGAAGGAGGCUUGAGUGUGCAAACAUGGCAGCCGAUCUUAAUGGAUGGACAAAUCUGCAGACAGGAUCCCCACCUGAAUCCUCUGCAAGAGCAAAGUGUUUCUGUUAUUGAACAUGACUCUUCUCCAAAGUCAGACCAGGGUUAUCUGUCCUUGGAUCUGCUGAGAAAGGAGCACAUGAGAUUUUUAAUGCAGCUGCCACAGAGUGAUCUCCUAGAGGUUCCACAGAUGAAUCAGGAGGAAGAGUCAUUGAGGCUGGAGCAAGUGAAGCAUUCUGAGCAGCCAGAUCAGGGGUACAGCACCUGGGACAGGGAAUCUUUGAUGGCAGCCCAUGUAAAACUGCUACAACAAGUGGAGUCCUGGAAUGAUGCAGUUGAGUGAGGCCACACACUGGCAUUUUCUGUAUGUGAUUAUUAGUGCAAGUUUUGUCUUAAAUGUGCACAUUGUGUGUAAAAAUAUUGAUCAGUCAUUGCAUACUCCCAACUUAUUACUGGGAGUAAGCAAUGUGCUGAAAGCUGCAAUACAAUAUAACAAGGAUGGGCUGGUUAAGGGGGUUUAAACACGGUUUAACCACACUUUAAAGGAUAACUAAACCCUAACAAUAAAUAUGGAUAAAAAUGCCAUAUUUUAUAUAAUAUCCUAAUAAUGUACGAAUCUCUUCACGGUCACUGGCUGCUCUACUGGGAAACAUAAAGCUGCUCAAGUUCUGGGAAGUAAGGCAGGGGGUUUGUUUGAAAGUAUGAUCCUUUCCCUGCAGAGCAGCUAGAGAGCGUGUGAAGUUGCCUAUCGGCAGCAGUCAGAGCAAGUAAAUGAAGGGAUAAUUUCACUGCAUACAGUCAGGUUUCUUAUAAAAAUGGUAAACAUUUUUUUAAAUGAAAGUAUAUUGAAGAUAGGUUUCUUUUUCAUUAAAGAAAGUAAAAAUUGGAUUUUAGUUAUUUGCCUUUACAUGCCUUUUAAUGUGAAGGCAAUGAAAACUUCUUCCCACGGGCUGGCUGCACUCUGCUACUCAGACAGAAAAAUGUGGCACAGAGUGCAAUCGGCAGAUGCAGGCCACCCCUUUCCCGCCCUGUUACAUAAAUCAUGGCUAUCCCCAGUCUGCUGCCCUUUGUUUCAUUACAACUUCCACUUCUUUUGUUAUUCCCCUCUGGUGCCCUUAACUUACCCUUAAACCUGUAGCACUUCCAUAAGAAACACACGAGUCCUACCAAAAUUCACCACCAUUUAAUCAAUGUCAUUACAAUACAACCACUUUAAAGGAGGAGGUAAAUAUAUAUAUAUCAUAUCUGUAAAUAGUUUAUUUGCGACUCCAGAGCUGUACAGUGUAAAUAAAUAAAUACUUUCUGCUUCCCAAUUGACGCUGCUCAUCACCUACAAUAAAAUUUCUCGUAACACUCUCGUGAAAUCAGUGGGUCAAUGUGGCACUUCUCACAGAUACAUAGGAACAGUAAUCUCCUAUCUCAUUUUACACUAGAACCAAAUAUCUGUACAUCACAGAUACUGUACAUCACAGAGCUGCUACAAAACUGCGGGAGUCCGUUACUUACCCUGCAAAGUUGUUUCAUAGCUGCAGUUAGAAGUAUGGCCAGUAGUAAGAGAAGGCAUAAAGCCCAGAAAUAUGUGUACACUGUACUUCUAUUGUAUGUAUAAAUAGUCUUUUCCUGGUAAGGGGUGACAAACUUUUUGCCUCCUAUGCAAACAGGUAGCCCUGUAAUUAUUAGGCAGUGUCUUAAAGGAUAAUUUACAUUCAUUAUUUAUUUCCUUUUUAUUCCAAGAUAUUAAGGGAUACAUGUGCUGUUAAUAUGAAU